AUUUUCCUCCAAACACAAACCCUAAUAACCUCUCCUCUCUCAGCAGCUCAACGCCGGCCAAAUCGGUAAAGGAUUCGAGGAUAUCUCGCCUCGUACAGCCAUUGUUCCCCGCAAUCCAUCGACUCCGGUUGUCGUCUUCCUCAAUCACGAGCUUCAAAUGUCCUACAUGCAUGCAGACCUCAAACCCUAGACAUUUGGGGUUCCACGAGCCUAAGAGUUUGUUCCUAAAAAGUUAAUCAUUCUAUCUUUUUCAUUCAAGUGCCAGUUCUGCUGACUCUACUGUGAGGUUCGAAGUAUCCUCAACUCUCCUUUAAUUUUGUUGGCUGCUCCCGAGAAAGGGUUUCGACGUUUCUUCAAUCUGUUUUGUCCUUUCUUCCAAUGGCUUCUAGCUCUCAUAGAGGAGGUGAUUUCUACGGUGCUGCUUCCCACAGAUCCAGAGAUGGAUUGAUUACGAGGCAAGUAGGUGGUUCAGAUGAAAUACAGUUGCGGAUUGAUCCCAUGCACGGAGACCUAGAUGAUGAGAUCAGUGGUCUUCGCAAGCAAGUAAAACAGCUCAGAAAUGUAGCACAAGAAAUUGAGUCGGAAGCAAAGUAUCAGAAUGAUUUUAUUAACCAACUGCAAAUGACAUUGAUCAAAGCUCAAGCAGGAGUAAAGAACAAUAUGAGACGGUUGAACAGGAGUAUCAUACGGGAAGGAUCAAACCAUGUGAUGCAUGUGGUUUUUUUUGCACUAUUUUGCUUCUUUGUGAUAUAUUGGUUGGCCAAGUUUUCACGGAGAUAAGGGUAACCCUAUCUUUCUAUGCUGGGUUGCUGUUUCCUGGCAAAGUUCGGAUGAAGAUGCAGUCUAUUCAAGCCAUCAAACAAAUUCUAAGCACACAGAUUUUUAGUGAUUUGGGGAGUAAGGGUACAGCUUUAGAAACUCCGAAUAUUAGUCUUAUGUAAAGUUUCCUAAUCUGUAGAAGCACCGUGGGAAAAAAAUCCAAGUGAAGAAAAAAGAUCAUAUCUUGUAAUAUACUUUGUUUGCUAACCUUGUGAAAAAUUUCGAUAGAUAACCUCAGUGAGACAAACAUCAUUUGAUAUACCAUAGAUGACACAUUUGGAUAUUGUAUAUCGGUCUAACUGUUGUGGUUGACACUGCCUUAGUUAAUAAAUCUGCUAAAUUGUUAUUUGAACUU